GUUCAAAAUGUAGAUGUAGAAAAUGGGGAAACCCUGAGGUUGUUUCCAUGCAUUUGUGUACACAUGGAUUUAUGAACAACUAUUAUAUAUGGUAUGUUCAUGGAGAGACAUCCAACAAUCCAGCAAUAAACUUUAUAGGGGAAUCUUCUAACUCAGGGUUUGUUAGAAAUGAGUCGGAUGCAAUGUAUCAUGAAAUGUUAGUUGAUGCAAUGGGUUUGCAAGGUGAAUAUAAUGAGGAGCCAAUGGUUGAGGAGCCAAAUCAUAAGGCAAGAAAAUUUUAUGAACUUCUGCAUGCUGCAGAAGUUUAUAUAAGUAAUGGGGAACAGAAUGUGACUGUUCUUUCAUGGAUAGCUGAAAUGUUAAACAUGAAGACUCUUUAUAAUAUGAGUGCUGCUAAUUGGGAGAUGGCAUUAACAUUGAGUCGAAAAUUGUUAAGUGUUGAAGAUCAAGAGAAGGUGCCGAAAGAUUUUUAUAGUGCUAAAAAAUUGAUAAAUGUGCUCGGACUUGGGUACAAGAAAAUUGAUGUUUGCAUCAAUGAUUGUUUCUUGUACUAUGGUGAGCAAAACAAGAAUUUAAAUGCUUGUCCGGUGUGUGGAGAAUCUCGUUAUGAACUGAGGAACAUGGCUGCAGUGAGGCAGAAAGCAAUUCUGAGAAAAUAUUUGUGGUAUCUUCCAAUUACCCCUAGAUUGCAGCGGUUAUACAUGUCUAAGAAAACGGCAGAACAUAUGACAUGGCAUUUGAAAUGUAGUGAUGAUUCUGAUGAAGUUAUUCACCCUGCAAGUAGUCAAGCAUGGAAGCACUUUGAGAAAACUUACCCAACAUUUGCUGAAGAACCUAGAAAUGUUAGACUUGGGUUGUGCACUGAUGGUUUCAAUCCAUUUGGCCUUUCAGGAUCAGCUUACUCCUGUUGGCCUGUUUUCCUUACAGUCUAUAACCUUCCACCUGAAUUGUGCAUGAAUUCGGAGCAUAUAUUUUUGUCCAUGAUAAUUGCUGGACCUAAAAGUCCAGGGAAAAAUAUUGAUGUGCUGCUUAGGCCAUUGAUUGAUGAACUUAAUGAAUUAUGGACAAAUGGGGUUGAAACUUAUGACAGCUUUAGAAAACAGAAUUUUAUCAUGAAAGCUGCACUGCUAUGGACUAUAAGUGAUUUUCCAGGAUAUGGCAUGUUGUCUGGAUGGAGCACACAUGGGAGGUUGUCAUGUCCUUAUUGCAUGGAGAAUACUAAGGCUUUUCAACUUCAAUUUGGGAGGAAAAUUUCAUUUUUUGAUUGUCAUCGUCAGUAUCUACCUCCAACACAUCCGUUUCGUAGAGACAAAAAAAAUUUCUACGUAAACAGAAUUGAAAGAAGCCCACCCCCCCCAAGACUAGAUGGUCAUUUAAUGGAGGAGCGGGUAAACCAGUUGCCAGAAAUUAUCUUUGGCCAGUCACUUCGCAAACAAUCAAUCCCGGGAUUUGGUGUUUCCCAUAAUUGGGUGAAACGUAGUAUAUUUUGAGAACUGCCAUAUUGGAAGGAUUUAUUAAUUCGUCAUAAUCUUGAUGUUAUGCAUUGUGAAAAAAAUUUCUUUGAUAAUAUUAAGAAUACUGUUAUGGAUGACAAGGGUUGUACGAAGGAUAAUACAAAUGCUAGAAUGGAUUUGCAAUUGUAUUGCAAUAGACCUGAAUUGGAAUU